CAACGGUGAAGUUCUGAGAAAUAUGCAGUUAGAGUGCGAUUUUGAGACUUGGUUACUUGCUGUGAGCCUGAAAGUUGACAACAAGAUAAUAGAACUUUGCGAUGUGAUAUUAUAUUUGAAGCAAACUCUCAAACAAAAUAUAUGUUUCCAACAACUUUCGAAAUGGAAAAUGGCAGUGAACCAUUAUGCAUAUUAUCUGAUUGUCAACAAUCAUUUCCAGGAGCUAGCUGAUUUAUAUAUAGCUACAGGAGCUACUUCCAAUAUGAGACAACUGUUUUACCUGAUUGGGAAAGAUGUUUCUGCAAAUGACGUCUUAUGUAACAGACUGGAACAUGUUUAUACAGAACACUUACAAAACUUUGCAAAACAAGAAGAAAAAGUUGAGGUUUCUAACAACAUGCUAUUUUUACAAUGGCAGUUAGAGCAUGGAGAAUCUGCUACAUCAGUUAUUGAGCAAUUGGCAUUCCUUUGUCGGAAGGAACUACAAAAAAAGAACGUAGCUUUGACAACCAUAAGCGAGUUCAAGAAGCAGUUCAAAAUUGACGAUUAUGAUUUUGAAUGGACUGUAAUGAAUGUUAUAGCCUCUUUACAAAUGUGGUCUUUACUCUCGGAAUUUUUCAUCAAACAUAACUGGUUCACCAAGAAACAAGUGUUCAAAACAAUUAUACCAUCAGAUGUAUUUGUGUAUGGACUGAGUAAACAUUGUUCUCCAAAAGAAGUAUUGGAGGAAUAUCUGGUCUACACAACUUCUACUGAAAAAAGCUUAAGAUUAGCUCAGAAAUUAGGAUGUCAUAAAUUUAUUAUUCAGUACUAUACUAAUCAGAAAGACCGAUCAGCUCUUAUCGCUUACAAAGGAAGGGUUCUACCACACAGUGAAGAAUAUUUUUUCAUUGAAAAUGCUAUACAAUCCUUGGAUAAGAAGUGGAAAAACUGAAGUUUACAAAUACAACUUUUGAUGUGCUAGAAUCAUAUCUGGGGAAGGCCAUGGAUGUAUCUCCGAAAAAAAAAGAGAAAACUGGAUCAGAAGCAUUUUAAAUACGGCUUGGGAGGUAUUGAGAAGAACUAGAUAUUGUAAUAUUAUGAAGAUAUGUGAAAUACAAAAGUACAAUGGUAUAGUAGUAGUAUGCCGUGCUAUAAUUUUAAUUGUAAUAUUUGGCAGUCAGCAUUUUGCUCUUUCCAAAUACUGAUAAAAAUAUGGUUUUAUUUUCAUCUUUGAACUACAAUAUAUAACAUAUCUACCCAGAGCAUCAGUUACACUAGCAUAAUAACCACAAUGGUUAUUCGCUGCUGAACUUGGAUUUAUCGGAUACUGUAAUGCUGCGUACGACUGUGUUGAAGGACAGAAGUUGGUGAAAUUUGUGUUCAACCGUGUUUUUAAAACCAGAACUUAUUGGAUGAUUUAACGAAGAUAAUUACUAAGUGUACAGCCGAUGCUAUACACUCAUAUCUGCGGUAUAUUGGUGGUUUGCACCACUUUGGGCUAAUGUGAAAACUGGCGGAUGUUUCUGCAAGAUCUCGGCGUCUUUGGUGUUGCCGAGUUCAUAUGAUUUCGUAAAACUUUUGAACCGGCCACCAUCACGAACAUCGAUAUAUUAAGGUGACCUACGCAAUUCACUACAUGCAGGUAGUAUUGGCCC